AUGGCAUUCAGAGAUUUGUUUCUUCUUUUGGUCCUUGUUUGCUGCCUUUUGGCUAGUGUGGCAUCCGCAAGGCAACUCUCUAGCUCCGGCAAACCAGGCCAUACACUAGCUGCAAGGCUCGAUGAUAAUCGAGGCUUUGCCGAGUGCUGGAAUGCACUAAAUGAGCUGAAAUCGUGCACCGAUGAGAUUAUUCUCUUCCUUGUUAAGGGCCAAACUGAUAUUGACUCUGAGUGUUGUCGUUCGAUCGAGAUUGUCACCCGUAGUUGUUGGCCUACCAUGCUCGCUUCCCUUGGUUUUACAUCUGAGGAAAGCAACAUUCUUAGAGGAUACUGUGAUGCAUCUCCUGCUCCUGACCCUGUUGCCUCUGCUGAUGCACCAACUCUUGCUGGGUCACCUGUUAGUCCACUGCCUGCAGUUUAA